AUGUCGCGUUUCUUCUACGGUAGCGGUAGCGACAGCGAUUCCAGCUCGGAUGAGGAAGAGCUUCUCACCGAUCGCGAGGAGGAGGAGAAGUCCGAGGAGGAAUCCAGCGAAGAGGAGGAGGAGACUUCGGAGGAGGAAUCCUCCGAUGACGAGGGUGAAACCGGUGCCAAUCGUUUCUUGAGGGAUGCAUCGGAGAGCGAGGAGAGCGAGGAUGAGGAGAAAGUAACGGUUGUGAAGAGUGCCAAGGAUAAGAGGCUGGAGGAACUUGAGGGCAUCAUCAAGUUGAUUGAAAAUGCCGAGAAGAUUAACGACUGGGCUGUUAUCUCGUCAGAGUUCGAUAAGCUUAACCGCCAGGUCGUGAAGGUUACGCAAUCGGGCCCAGUUCCCAGGAUUUAUGUCAAAGCCGUUGCCGAUCUCGAGGAUUUCGUGAACGAGACUAUUACGAAGCAGAAGUCAGCGAAGAAGAUGAACGCAAGCAACUCCAGGGGUUUCAAUGCGGUCAAGCAACGUAUUAAGAAGAACAACAAGGAGUACGCCACUCAUAUCGAGAAGUAUCGCAGUGAUAAGGAUGGCUACAUGGAGGGCAAGGAAGAGGAGGCUAAGCCCGCCAUCGUUGCCCCGCGCCUGACCAAGGUUGAGCGUGUAGUUGAAGCACCUGCAGCAGCAACCUCUACUGAUGAUGGUUUCGCUACUGUUGGCCGUGGUGGCAAGACCCUGCAGUACACCCCAGAGAGCAUUCUUAAGCACCUCCGCGUCAUUGUCGAAUCCAGAGGAAAGAAAAAUACAGACCGCCUCGAGCAGAUCAAAACCAUGGAGAAGCUCCUGGAGGUUGCUCAGACUCCUUACCAGCGCAUUCGUGUCUACCUCACUCUUCUCUCUACCCGUUUCGACAUCAGCUCUACGUCUUCCGCCAACUACAUGAGUGUCGACCAAUGGAAGCUUGCUGAGAAGGAGCUUGCCGCUCUACUGUCUGUCCUCGAGACCAACCGCGACCAUGUUGUCACUGAGGGAGCUGAAGAGUGGGAAGAUGAUGAGAAGCAACCCCAGGUCAAGCCAGGCGAGACCUUGCACAUCCCAGGCAGCAUCGUGUCUCAUGUUGAGAGGCUCGACGACGAGCUGACUCGGUCCUUGCAACACAUCGAUCCCCACACUGCUGAAUACAUCGAUCGUCUGAGCGAUGAGAAGCAGCUGUAUACCAACCUUGUUCGCGUUCAAGCUUACAUUGAAGGCCUUGUCGAAGCUGAGAAGAGUGAUAUGCGCCAGGACAGCCUCAACCGGGUUGUCAUGCGCAGGCUGGAGCACAUUUACUUCAAGCCUUCUCAGGUUGUGACAAUCCUGGAAGAGGGUACUUGGAAGGCACUUCCCUCCGAGUUGGACUCCAAGGUUACGCCUCGUGGAAAUGCUGGUGACGUGACAGGACUGGUCCAGACCCUGUGCAACUAUCUCUUCACUUACAGUGACGGUAUCAUCAGGGCCCGUGCCAUGCUGUGCCAGAUCUAUUUCCUUGCCUUGCACGACCAGUAUUACCGUUCUCGUGACUUGAUGCUCAUGUCUCAUCUUACUGAGAAUAUCUCCAACUUCGACGUCAACACCCAGAUUCUCUUCAACCGGACCCUGGUUCAAAUCGGUCUGUGCGCAUUCCGUGCCGGACUUAUCUACGAAGCUCAAAAUACGCUGUCCGAAGUUUGUGGCAGUGGCCGUCAGAAGGAACUUCUCGCUCAAGGUAUCAUCCUCCAGCGUUACUCUACUGUUUCUCCUGAGCAGGAGCGUCUUGAGCGUCAGCGUCAGCUGCCCUUCCACAUGCACAUCAACCUUGAACUUCUUGAGUGCAUUUACCUUACCUCAAGCAUGUUCUUGGAAGUCCCUCUCAUGGCUCAAACCUCUUCUUCACCCGAGCUGAAGCGCCGUAUCAUCUCAAAGACCUUCCGUCGUAUGUUGGAUUACAAUGAGCGUCAGGUAUUCACUGGCCCUGCAGAGAACACUCGUGAUGGUGUCAUCAUGAGCGCUAAGUUCCUUGCUGCGGGUGACUGGAAGAAGGCUGCAGAGAUGCUUAACUCCAUCAAGAUCUGGGAUCUGAUGCCCCAGCCCGACAAGAUCAAGGAGAUGCUGUCUCAGCAGAUCCAAGAAGAGGGCCUGAGAACUUACCUUUUCACAUAUGCUCCCUUCUACGACAGUCUCUCUAUUUCCACCUUGUCAAACAUGUUCGAGCUGUCCGAGAAGAAGAUUGCCGCCAUCAUCAGCCGUAUGAUCUCUCAUGAGGAGCUCGCCGCUGCUCUUGACCAGGUCAACGAUGCCAUUGUUUUCCGCAAGGGUGUCGAGCUGUCGCGUCUCCAGUCCCAGGUUGUUACUCUCGCCGACAAGUCGAUGAACCUUCUGGAGGCCAACGAGAAGACUCUCGAGCAGCGCACUCAAGGCAUGGCCAACGCUUUCCAGCGCGAUCAGGGCGCCGGCGCCCGUGGAGGCCGUGGCCCUGGACGUGGAGGCCAAGCCCGUGGUGGACCCAGACUGCCUGGCGGCCAACAAGGUCGUCGGCCCGGUGGACAGCAAUUCAGCGGUGGUGCAUUGGGCGGAGCGAUCAAGGCAUAA